GCUUGUCCCUCCCCGCCCAACCAACCACCAACCACCAACCACAACUCCCACACACUCCCAAACUACCUAAGUUCUCUAAGACUACCCGUACUCGCAUGACCCCUCGUCAAACUCGACUUCGCCCAAAAUCACAGCCACUCAGAUGCCUGAUCUCGAUUCGGAUAAUGAGGAGUACGGGAUGCGUGAUCACGGUGACACGGAUUCCGAGGGUGAGCUAGAGGAGCACAACUCUCGGAAAGCCGCCCAGGGUCACAUCGAGGCCGGCUCCAGUCUGGAUGACAGCCAGGGGCGAAAUCAGUCUGAUAUGGAGGAUGGCAUGUUGCCCCGAGACAUGCCUCAUAAAACUGCCUUUUACGACAUGGUAGCAGAACGCAAAAUGACCCAGACUGACGCCAAGCUGUUCUACCAACGAAGCCAGGCAGAAAGCCGCACUCAACUCAACCAACUUGCCCAGAUGUCGCCCCAGAGCAGCCCACUGCUCUCUGCUGGUGGACUUGCCGCUUCGUAUUCUGAUCUGGCCUCGAACCUUGGGCACAGUUUCAGCAACCUGAAGCUUUCCGAGCUGGACUCGGCUGCCACCCGGCCCCUCCAGCAGCAGAUGCUCUUGGGUGGAGGCAUUCCUGGCCUCGGCAACAGCAGUUACUUGGACGCUGACCCCCAGAUCAACGCCGAACUGAGCACCAUCUUCAAAGACGUCCAGAAGGUUAUCGACAUCCGGAACAAGUACAUCCGGCUCUCUCUCCAGGGACCCAACGAUAACCCGAAAGAUGAUCCGACCUGGAAUAUUUAUCCUCCCCCUCCUGAGCCCUCGUGGACUGAGGACCGGGAAAAGGCCGCCCGGGGUGCUAACAGCGCCAACGCCAGCAUGCAAAACAGCCUAGUGCUGAAUGUCGACAAGCAUGCCCAGGGGGUUGAGUCACCGCGCAAGUCGAACGCAAGAAAGAGGAAGCCUGGGCAGGACAUCGGCGAGGACUUUGAUCUUAAUGACGCGCCGCCUGUGCCAGGAGCCAGCGGGAUGACUUUCCGAAUGGAUGACAUGGGGGUGUAUCAGGUCUAUGACAGUCAAGAGUCGGAGGAGGCGGACACACCGAUUGUCAAUGUGCCCACCAUCAAAGAGUACUACCUCGACCUCGAAGCGAUCUUGAACAUCUCUUCCGAUGGCCCCAGCAAGAGCUUUGCAUUCCGGCGCUUGCAGUAUCUGGAGGGCAAGUUCAACUUGUACAUUCUCCUCAAUGAGUAUCAGGAAACGGCCGACAGCAAGAAGGUGCCGCACCGUGACUUCUACAAUGUCAGGAAGGUCGACACUCACGUUCACCAUUCGGCCUGCAUGAACCAGAAGCACCUGCUGCGCUUCAUCAAGAGCAAGAUGAAGAAGUUCCCGGACGAGAUGGUCUUGUUCCGAGACGGCAAACACCUGACGUUGGCCGAGGUUUUUGACAGCAUCAAUCUCACGGCAUACGAUCUCAGCAUUGACACAUUGGAUAUGCACGCCCACAAAGAUUCGUUCCACCGGUUCGACAAGUUCAACCUCAAGUACAACCCGAUCGGCGAGUCGCGGCUGCGGACCAUCUUCCUCAAGACGGAUAACUUCAUUAAGGGCCGGUAUCUGGCCGAGAUUACGAAGGAGGUUAUUGCCGACCUGGAGUCGAGUAAAUACCAGAUGGUCGAGUGGCGCAUCUCCAUCUACGGAAAGUCACUCGACGAAUGGGACAAGCUGGCGAAAUGGGUCGUCGACAACAAACUCUUCUCGCAUAACGUCCGCUGGCUGAUUCAGAUCCCGCGCUUGUACGAUGUCUACAAGGGGAGCGGCCUGAUGAACUCGUUCGAGCAGAUCCUCAAGAACAUCUUCCAGCCGCUGUUUGAGGUCACCAAGGAUCCGAGCAAGAACCCAAAACUUCACAUAUUCCUGCAGCGUGUGAUUGGUAUCGACAGCGUCGAUGACGAGAGCAAGGUGGAGCGCAGGCUGUUCAGGAAAUUCCCCGUGCCGAGGGUAUGGGAUUCCAAGCAGAACCCGCCAUACACGUACUGGAUAUACUAUCUAUUUGCCAACCUGGCCUCCCUGAACCACUUCCGCAAGCAGCGGGGCUUCAACACGUUUGUGCUCCGACCACACUGCGGCGAGGCCGGCGACAGCGAACACUUGGCGGUGGCAGCGCUCUGCUGCCACAGCAUCAGCCACGGGCUGCUGCUGCGCAAGGUGCCUCUGCUGCAGUACGUCUACUAUCUCGAGCAGAUCGGCAUCGCCAUGUCGCCGCUCAGCAACAAUGCACUGUUCCUGGCGUACGAGCGGAACCCGUUCUUCCAGUACUUCAAGCGCGGGUUGAACGUGUCGCUGUCGACGGACGACCCGCUGCAGUUCGCCUUCACCAAGGAGCCGCUGAUCGAGGAGUACGCAGUCGCGGCGCAGAUCUACAAGCUGAGCUCGGUCGAUAUGUGCGAGCUCGCCAAGAACUCAGUCAAGCAGAGUGGCUACGAGUUCUCAGUCAAGCAGCAGUGGCUAGGCCCGACUUUCCACCUGCCGGGACGCCAGGGUAACACCCAGGUCAAGACCAACGUGCCGGAUCGGAGAGAGGAGUUUCGGUACCACACGCUCAUGGAGGAGCGGAGGCUCGUCGAGAGGUACACCGCCCUCCCCACUGAGGCACCGUCCGUCGCCGACCUAGCCGCCACCACCACGCUCCCUCCCCGCUCACCGACCCUCUCAACUUGCACCAACGCCACCGCCGCAGCCACCGCCGCAGCCACCGCCGCCUCCAUUCCUGAUCUAAGACAACAACAGCAACAGCAGCAGCAGCAUGAGCAAACCACCCUGCCAACGGCAAAAGGGAAGGCGCCCGAGAUUCAAACUGGCAGCAGCGUAACCUCGGCCGGGCCUCCGCCCAGCUCGAUAAGCCAGGCCCAAGUGUCGGUGGGCUGCAGCCCCGUGACGCCGUCAACACCCGUGACAUCUUCCACAGCCGCUGACCCCGCGGUGCACCUGUCGGGGCACGAGCCGCGGUAUUUCCCCGGGAUGGUGUCGCGGAGCCAGGGCACCUGGAGCACGAGGCGGGAGUCGGGGCAUGAGAGUGACCCGCAGCCACAGCAGCCUAGGUAAAGAGCGGUGGGCGGAACACAGAUUGUAGUGAAAGAGAAAGGGGAAAAUAAAGGGAAGGAAAAGGGGGAUAAACACAUGGGAAUUUGGCACUGCGCUCUCUCAAUAUUGUCAUGUGGUAGUCCAUUCAGUUGAUAGGGACCGUGAUAACCUUUUCAGGAAUAUGUCCCCCGAUAGACGUGGGCCGAAAGAGUAGACAUUCUCUGGUCAUAUACACAGAUAUUUCUACUUACAGAUUAGACUCACGGAACUUGACAAGAACGGGGGAUACUCGCGACGUAACAAGCCCGUUUCAUCAUUAUGCCGUCGCGUUUUCUGAUAACGGUAGGUGCCACGGCAACCUGAAAUCCGUUUCACAGUCGGCGGUGUAUUUCAUUCACCUCAUAACUCGUCAUCUCCCUGCAUAACUUUGUCCUGCUCCUGUGUAUGAUACCUGUUCACCGACCACGUGCGAU